AUGCUGCACCUGAACAGCUCAUGCAUAUCGAACAUUGAGCACAUCGAGCGAGCACUGAAGAGGAAGGACUACGAGGGAAUAAGGACAAGUGCAGAGAUCAGAAGCGUGUUCGAAAAUCUGGGGGAAGCAUUUAAAACGUUUAGUGACUCUCUGAAACGAAUUCACUCUGAUGGAAAUGCCAUCAUUGCAAAUAUAAAGAAGAGACACACGGAUGAGGGCCAUUCCGAUCGGGUCUACUUCGCCGACUGCUUUGUCAACGUCGUUACCCUUGUGCAGAAUCUGUACGAACAGAAUCUUUCCAUCAGCAAGAAGAUAAGGAAUAACAUACUCCUCGAAUUGGAAAAGGAAGAAGCCGAGAGGGCCCAAGAAAUCAGUUCUAUUUAUGAAGAGGCGGACACCGGAUCAACUACUGCACUGAAUGGAAAUGGAGGUAGAGAAGCUCAGGAGGACGGACUCUCUACUGGAGAGAGAUGGGAAUACCAAACGGGGAGUGCCAGCCCACAUGACCUAGACAGCCAUGACAAGGGGAUCAUCAUCCAUGUGGACAAAGCAGAAAGAUCACAUAAGGAGGACUACAACCAUAACGACGAAGUCCUUGUAGACGGAAUUCCACUCAGAGAAAUAGAAAUAGAUUUAAAGAGGUGCCUAGAAAAUGAGCACUUCGCAAAAGAAUACCUUAACAGCGCAAAGUAUAAAAAGCACUUUUCAGAGCUAGACAAACUUAAUAUCAAGCUAGACAAAGAAAUUGAUGCCCUUAAGGUAAUCCUCGACAAAUUUGGGAAAAAUGCCAACAAACUGCUAAUCAAUAAAUCUAAGGAAAGAAUAAAUGCCAUUCAAAUUAGGAAGAAAAACAUUUUGGAAAUUCUGUAUGAUAAUAUAAAGGAGCUCCGACAUAAUAAGCGCACAAUGCGGUGCAGCAUUAAGGACUUGGAGCAGUAUGUGCAGGAUAACCACUGCAGGAGGAGGAAGUGGCAGGACAAAGAGGGAGGAGGAAGGGGAAGGGGGAACCAAAAUGGGGAUGCCACAAAAGAGGAAGCUUCCCCGCACAACCUCGCGGAUCAAAAAGGAAAUAAAAAAACACUGCAUAGACUCAACCUUGAAAAAUUCGAAAUAAGAGAAAAACACAGAAUCGAAAAAAUAUACACCAGCGUAAGGGGUUUCAUAAAAAUCCUCGCAGUGGAGCAUAUCCACAUGAACACCGUACUCCACAAAGGGGCAUGCGAAAUCAGUUCGUAUGACUCCCUCAUAGACUAUCAAAUGUGGCUAAGCCUUGUCCUAAGAAAGGACGUGAACAUAGCAGACCUGCAACAGAAGAUCCCCAAAAAUGAUGUACUAACUGAGGAGGAACAAUUUAGGCUAAUGCCACAUCGGGGUGAUUCCCCUACUGCUGGUGCUGUGCACCACACAUCUGAGAAGAAGAGAAAAACGAAGGAGCAGAAUUUUCAGAGCGGGGAAUUGAUUUGCAGUGAAAGCAGCUCACCUGGGGCUAAAGCCGAAAGGAAGAAGCAGAAAGACUUAGACUUGAAACAGGGAGGUGAAGCGAAAAAGGAGCAGGCCCUGCGUCAGCCACGCGGAGGCGACCGAGCUGCUUCUCCAAGGGAUGGUCAAUUCCCCGAACAGUUCUACAUUCCAAUGAUAAUAGAAAGAAGGAGUACCUACAGAUCAGAGGAGGAUAGCAGGCCGAGUGGGGAGGAAGCGAGGGGGAAGGAAGAAAAAGGCAACCAAGCAAAUGGAAAGCCAGCGAGGGGGAAUAGAAAGACGCGACAAGCACUAGUGAACCCAUUCGUAGGUGAAAAAAACGAGGCAGCAUGUCUAAGCGGUAAGCCCCCCCCAAGGGAGGAAAAAGACAUCUUCUCCUUCCUAAUAAACAGACAAAAGGAGUGCGAAAAAUAUAUGUUACAAUUCAACAGAGUAGACAUUUUAUCUACCAUGCUGAGUGGGAGGACUAAGGAUAAACGAAGGUGGUAUGACCAGAAUUUCUUUCAAGGUUAUUUCUUCGAAGAGGGACAUCCCUUUUACCCAUUUAGAAUACCACCCAAUAUUAACCAUUUUUCUACUUUCGAAAAAUGGGGCUUAUCUGCCUCUUCAGCAAGGGUUCCCCUGUUUGAGGAGGAGCACGAGGAAGAAGAAGGAGAAGGAAUGACCGAAUAUGAAUACAAGUUGCUAGCAUACGAAUCGCUCCUCCUAGUGUAUUACUCCCUGUCGACCCAACUGAAUGGCUACUUCCUCUUCGACAUGUCUAAAAGGGACAAGUUGAACAAGGAAGUCUAUAAUCAAUUCUGCCAAAGGUGUUACCCCAUGUUGGAGACGAUCCAAGGAGGGAAAAAACAAACCCGUACCAAUGCGGAAGAGGCGAAGGAGGAGGAAGAAAAAGAACGGUACAAAUCUACACCACCUCCUGGUAGUGACAGACGAUACACACUGAACGACCAUCUCAAAUACGUAGAUGACAUUUACCAUGUGAAGCUCCAGAAUCUAUUGUUAGUAAAAAGAAUCAUAAGCAUUUUUAGAAUAAAGCUGAACCUAAAUUCUAGAGCUAACGAUUUGGUCACCUUGCUUACUAUCCCUUCACACGACACAAAUUGGGGCCAUACCUACACCUUCCACGUAUUAGAUGUCCGCUUCAGAAUAAUUCGAAUAAUGGAUAGUCUCAACUUCAACCAUGUAUUUCACGCGAACACAGGAAAACAGAGAAAAAAAACGGACUCGACAAGGGAGCCACACUACAGCGAGGAAAGUACCAUCUACACAUCAUGGCUCAGAAGACAGCUGCAACUUCUCCACAUCUCCGUAUAUUUGAAGUUUUCCAAAUUCGUUAAGUUCGUCCCCUUUUUUGAAUCCCACUCCGAUGGGCACUUCAAAGACGUGAUAGAUCAAUUUGAAAAUGAGGGGGAAUAUUUUAGCUACCUGAGUAGGGGGUCAGGGGACAAGCCCUUCGUCUCCUACCUGCGGAAUGUGCAAAGGAGGAUAGAGAAGCUGCACUGGUUUGUUUUACACCAUGGGGGGACAACCAAAGGGGUGACCCCAGCGCAACGGAAGCAAAAGAAACCACAGCAGGGAAAAACAGAUGAGAACAAAACAGAUGAGAACAAAACAGAUGAGAACAAAACAGAUGAGAACAAAACAGAUCAGAACAAAACGGAUGGGCACAAAUCUCAUGACGAAAGAAAUGAUAAGCCCAACUUCACCAACUUCACCACUUUCAAGUCGCUACGAAGGGACGAGCAAAUCAUCUUUCUCUGCAAUCUGCUUCUAAAAAAUUUGAUAAAAUCCUUUCGGUUAAUUUAUCUCCUCAAGUCACUUGUCAGGGAGGACAAAUGGAACGCAGGGGUCUGCGAUGAGAAAAAGAAACUCGCCAACUUAGUUAAGUACUUCACAAAGAUAGAGUAUUACGAUUACGAGGUGAGGAAGAUUGUCCUAUACAAUUGGGAGGGGGGCCACGAUCAUCCGUACCAGGAUCAAUUACAGAGUAAGCACCCCAGGAGUGAAUCCGAAGGAGAGCACAAGGGGGAGUGCUCUCCCACGUGGGAUGGACAAAAUAUAGACCACGACGAGUUAUAUAAGGACAUUUUCAUGAAGGAGUUUUCCAAGUUGGUGAAAACGGGGUCGACUCGUGGCAUCCAUAGCAGUCGCGCUGUUCAGGGGAAGACGCCACCGAACGAAACAGGACUAACCCGGAGAGAAAAAACAAUAAGAAGCAAAAUAUUUUACAAACUAAACAUCGAAACGAUUCUCUGUUCCAGCUGGUUCAUUGACAGAUCCCUGCUGCACUUCUUCCUGUAUUACUACAUUUCCUGCGUGAUUGGCACCGGAGAACAGACCAACAUGUAUGCAGACAUGCCUUACCUCAUGCAGGGAAUCAUGCUGGUCGUUUAUUAUCUCCAGGCCGGCAACGAUUUAGCACUGAAGGGGAAGACACAAGGGUUCAACGACGGAGUAGAACCCACGCCCAUUCCGAUAUCGACCUUUAUCCUCUACCUGGGCAUUCAUCUGUUUUAUUCCUUUUUCGACAAAAAUUUCUUGACGGUAUGUCCAAAUGAAGACGAUGGAAGAGUGAAACUUUUUUUGAGGACCAAGCUGGAAACCCAUAACGAUGAGAAAGAAUCCAAGUCGAAUCAGAUGGAAAACUACUUCCCUGGAAUUACCCCUGCACCAAGGAAGAGCCAAAUUAUUACCGUGCAGAAUGCUAGCCAGUUUUACUUUGUUGUGAAGAAUUUCGAAUCCGUCUUGUCCUACAGAACGGUUAACGAAAUGGACAUGGGGAAUGGACAAAAGGGGACACUAGGUGCAGGAAAAUCAGGUAUACACACAGGUGCAGAGAAAUCAGAUGGGGAAAACUCAGAUGCAGAUCUACUCGCAGCCAUGGCGGAGCUGUACGCCGACGAUUCGUCCGGCCAGGACGCCAAAGAAGAGCCAAAUCAAAUGACCAAAUCUUCCAAAAAAAAGUAUCUCUUCUGUGCAACUGUUCCGAAGGACCAUGACAAAUUAGAAAAUCCCAAUUCAGAAGACAACCUGUUGCAGAAAAAAAAGCUGGAAAAGAAGCACCAAAAUGAAUUGAUUUACCUGAAGCGCUACAGCAAUAUUCUGCUCCAUUUCAACUAUAACCAUCUGGAAAAUCUGAUCAGUCCGUACGUUCCCAACGUCCUCUCUCUAUAUGGGAAGGACGAAUUAUACUCCAAGGAUCAUUUUUUUUUUGAUUGGUACAUGAAGAAUGAUGAUAGCAUGGAGGUGCACUUGGGGGGGCGGGAGGAAAAAAGUAGGCAGGUCCGUUUUGGCUCACCCCUAGAGGGGGAGGAAAGCAAAAGAGAAGACUCGAUUCAGAUAGAAUGUCCAGGUGGUCACAGAAGUGCCCGGAACCCGAGGGGUUCCAACACCACAAGCCCCCCGUAUGACAAACAAAACGGCCUGAUGAGAACAAACGAAGAGGUUGAAAAGAGCCAGAAGUGGGACGCUCCUACCAGUAGUACUACCCUCCUUAUCAGGUAUAGAACCAACCAAAAGGGAUACGCUAAUUUUUCCCUCGUGAACCUCUCUAGAAUUGAAAAAGUGAUGACAGACAUCCUUCUGAUGAGAAUGAUUAGUUGCGACUUUAGGGACCACUUCAUCCUCCUCCUUUGCAAUUACCGGAGAUUUAUCGACAUGUAUUCUCUUCCAUAUGUUUUAGACGUAUUUGUGAUGCUGCACAGAUUCUUCACUAUCAAUGAUAACAGUUCGGAGGAAAAAUCAAAUCGGAUAAAAUAUUAUCUUCACGGGUUAGGUACUAGCCCUAUGCACCAUAGGCGCCUGAGAGGAAGACAAGAGCGCAAUAGAACUCUCUUUGAGCGUUGUUGCAACGUUGUUGUUCACGAUUUGGACGAUAAAGAAUGGCAUUCUAGGAACAGAAGUGAUGGUACCUCUCACAGUUUUACCUCCGAGGAGGUCAUAAAGGGGAAGAGACGAGAAAGAAGUUCUCUCACACAUGGCGAAAUAAGCUCCGCGCACGAACUAUCCAGCUUCUUCAAAUUUUUUAUCUUCAACACAGUGAAGAAUAUUUUCUUCAAUAUUGUGUGUAUCGUCAGGGAGGAUAUAGAAGCGAGUGAGAUGCUAAAAAAAGGGCAAGACGAUCCCUCGGAAAGUGGAGAAGCGGUGCUUGAGUCAACUGGGGAGGCAGCAGAUGGUCUGUUUCUUCGCACGCAGAGGGAUUCCUCAGAAGAAGACGCGAGUGAAAGCGGUAGAGGUGGUAGAAGCAGCAGCGGAAGCGAUGAUGAUCCCGGCAGUGAUGCUUCUCUCCUGAAUUGUACCACUGCCCCCCCCGUCAUCCAAAACCCCCUGACGAACCAGUACGUAGACAUCAUAAACAAAUACAUCAACGAAGUCGUCGCGGAAAUUUUAUUCUUUUCCAACAUAUGGAAAGAGUACCUCUCGCCGAAGGAGCACCCGCUCAUGGUCCUGUUUGCAGCCAACAGGACACUUUACUACGAGGUUUCCAAGUUCAUAGGAAUAAAUAAGGACAACAACGAGGUUUUAUUUAGUCAGGCUCUAUCCAUCGUCGUCUCCUUGUACAAUUUUAAUUUGCUAAUUAAGGAAAUUGUUCUACAGAGCGACACGUACGAGAGGUACCAGUGCCUGGUGAAUGAGAAGCCGCUCGAUGAUCGCGUCGCCAUUGGGGGGAGUCUCUCCAUGGAGAACAGCCCAGAUGGGGGCUUCUCCCCCGUCGCAGAAGACGCGCACCGCACCAGCUCCCCGCGCAGGAAGAUGCAGAGCAAAAUUGCCAAGUACUACGAGACGAGGAACUCGCUAAAGGGAAGCGGCGAGGAGGAGCAGAAGAGGACGGGGCAGAAAAAGCAAAAUCAGGAACAGCAAACCCGGCAAAACCAUACGGAUGACACACACGAUCGGUUCAUAAACCUCUCCCUUAUCAUCUCCAACGCAAACGACCCAUGCAUGGUGAAGCUCAUGUUCAAGCUGGAGAAAAUAUUCAUUCAAAUUAUGGACCACAAGUUAGAGCAUAACAAAAAUCUGCUAUCCGUAUGUUUAGAAAAGGAAAAAUUAAUUCCACUGAAUAGCCCAGAAGUUAUGUAUAACUCUACCUCUGUGGACAUCUUCUCCAUCAUAUGGAGCAUUUUGGAUGUCCUCUUUGAGUACAAAUGCCCAGUGGAAUGGAUUAUCACUCCAUUUGUCCAGUUUUUACAUACCUUUAUAAAUGACUACUGUGAAAAUUACAAGAAGAAAUAUACCUCCUUUAUCAUAUCGGUGAUGAAUCAAUAUGCAGAUAAGUAUUUCCAAGAUCUGCUGAACCUGACGGAGCAGCAGAAGAUCCAGUGGGACAAAUUCUCUAGGAGUAAUAUAAGGAGAAACAGAAAAGAAGGAAAUAAGGAAGACGACGAAGUAGGGGGAAGUAUUUUUAAGCACAACGAGUUAGACAUGCUUGACCAUGCAGAGGAAGAAGAACAAGACGAUCUCGUCCUCUAUAAUGAAAACAUCCAAAACGAAUUCAACGAUAUGAAUGAGGUAACAGAACGGAUUAAACAUAGGAAAAGGAAAAAAAACGUCCUUUAUAAACUCUUUGACUAUGAUGAAUUAGACGUUAAUGCGAUAAAAAACAAAGUAGGAGAAUUGCUGGAAGAUAUUAAUGAUCUAUCCGUGAAGGUCUCCCCUUUUCAGAGCAACAGUCCAUCCAAGGCGACGAGGGAGGUUAGCGAGCGGGAAGAAGGGCCAACCGGGACGACCCACUUGAAUCCUCCCAAUGAGGAAACGAAUGGUGUACCCCCCUCGGAGGAGAAAAAACCAGGCGCCUAUAUGAGCGAUGAUCUAGUAAACAUUCUAGACGAAAUUAACCACCUCUUUGACAACUCUGACAUGUCCACCUCGAUGGUCAUCACAUGGAAUCUAUUCUUUUUCCAAGAGCAAGUGGCCCUCAUUCGAAACAAAUUUGAAAAAUAUAUUCUAGACUAUAUAUCCGCCAGGACACAAAACGUCGACAAACUGAGCCGCAUAUUCGGCAAACACGUAACCUUCAACAUAACUCUUCCCAUGCUACAAAAAAACAUGUACACAAAAACGAUCUUAGAUAUCCUAAACACGUCGAUAAGUAACAUAAGAGAUACAUUAAAAAAUACACUUUACUUCAUCUUCAAAGUUUUAUCCAUCCGAAUUGUAUGUUAUGAAUUUCAGCAAGAACUUUUUUUCAAUAUGUAUGAGGAGCCAUUUGACAGAAACAACAUACAGGCCAUCGUUAGGAUGUUCCCAAACACAGUGGAAAAAUUUAUCCUUCAAAUACCUGAAUCUUUUCGCAAGAACAUUCUCACUGUCUUCAUCGAGCUGUUCAUCAAAAUGUGGAUACUUGUCGUCGUAGAGAAGGGAUUUUCAAACUACAUUUUUAACGACAACGACAUACAUUUGAUGAAGCGGGACAACCAGUGCAUCCGGAAGUACAUGCAGCAGAGGGGCAUACAGCUAAGCCAUUUGUUUCUCACCAAAAAAUAUGACGUCACUGAAUAUAUCGACACCUUUUUCGAUUCGCUUUAUGGGGACCGCCACUUGUUUGCGAAAAUUCUCUCGGAGCAGAAGGAGCGCAGGUCCAAGAAUAUCAUGUCUUCGGCCUACAAUAAGGGGAUGUAA